UCAACAAACUGGUCUCUCUCUCUCUCUCCCUUCAUCUCUCUCUCGUUCUCUUUCUCGCUCUCUGUCUGUCUGUCUGUUUCAGUCUUUCCUUCUCUCUGUUCGCUCUCUCUUAUUCCUUGGUCUGUCCCAGAGGCCCGACCACAUAAUGACAGGCCUACAGGUCCCUGCCCAACGCGCCCUCUCACUGUCACCACCCUCCACAGGGGCAUAAAAGCCCCACACAGGAGCCAUGACACACUAGGAGACGCCAUCUAAGCAGAGGUCACAGAAUUAGCCAGCUUCUUUUCAACAAAUCAAGGACAUUCAGGACCAGACAACAAGAAUUGAAGAAGCCAAAAGAAUGGACAACCACACAUACAACUACCCGUCCGACUGCACCCCUCUCACCAGCUGCAAGUCGGCCCGCAAGCCGGCGGGCUCCACUGUGGUGAAUAUGGGCACGGCAGGCAAGAAGCCACCCAGUGACUACCUAGUCUGGUCCCUGUGCAACACCCUGUAUGUCAACUUCUGCUGUCUGGGAUUCAUGGCUCUUAUCUACUCAAUUAAGGCCAGGGACCAGAAGACCCAGGGGAACUUGCAGCUGGCCCAGGAGUGCUCGGACAAGGCCAAGUGGUACAACAUCCUGGCGGCAGGCUGGAACCUGCUGGUGCCUCUGUUGGUGGUGGUGCUGCUGGUGCUGCUGCUGGUUCACCUGGGCACCUCACAGGGCUCCUUCGACUUCUUUGGAGAGGACGGCUUCCAGAGCUUCAUGAAACUCUUCAGCAGCGUACAUUGAAGGCUGGUUAGUGGACAGAAGAUAUCGAAGAACAGAAUGAUAGAUGUAGAGAAUUAAAGGAGAAGAUGGUGGAUGGAGACUGGUGGAUGCUUCCCUAAAAGCCACCAACAACCACCUGACAACGGACUAAUGACCUAUUUACAUCAUGGGUCACUUUUUUUCCUUUAUAAAUAUUAUCAAGACGUUAACUAAUUGUUGUUCUAAUAUAUUAUUAUUGCUGUUAUUUUUUAUUGGUAGCUGUAUUGUUCGCUAAAGGCUAGUAUCAUUGUCACUGCAUUGGAUCUUAAAAAUUUCUAGACCCCUUUGUGAAAAACAAAUGUGAGAAAGUAAAAUAAAAAAUGUCACAACUACAGAA